AUGGAUUCAAAAGGGCGUAAUGUAAAGAGUGGCGUGCUUGGUCGGGGCAACAUGGUGAGUAGUGUAAUCAAUGCCGGCGGCAACCAGCACCCCUACGGGCGUCGUCAUGUGAACAGCGGUGGUAGUCUUGUGACGAACGCUUUUGUAGCAUCACCAUCUUCUCUUUACACACCCCAACAUGUUGACCCUUUUUGUCAGCCCUUAACGGAUCCGUUUCCAUCUACUCCAUAUACACCUGUGAGUCACUUGUUUAUGUCCACUGCCGUUCGAAAUACACGACCAAAUAUGUCUUAUGUAAUGCGUUCUAAUAUGCGUACCAUUACACCUGUAACUAGCUCUAAAUUUGCCCAUUACACUACCAUUUACAACAUUGAAGAUGAGGCGAAGAAAAGUACGAUGAAUUCUAAAUUAACGAUGCAAGUAUAUCAGACGACGGUGCGUUUUACAGGAAAGGAUAUUGCUCUACGACGCAUCGUUAAUACGAGUGCAACUCUUGAAGAUUGUAAUGCUGUAUGUGAGCAGUUUCGACAUUACCGACAUCCAAAUUUGGUUCCAUUGACAGGUGUAAUAGCAACCGAUGCAUUUAUUAUGGGAAGUAAUGAUGUUAUCAUGGAAUACAAAUUUAUUCCAGAAGCUAAAAGUCUUCAUGAGUAUUUUUUCACUAAAAGAAGAGCAACUGAAGGUCUUUUAUGGUCUUUUGCUUGUCAAAUGGUUGGUCUCUUACGUGCAUUUCAUGAAACUGCCACCCCAUUGCGUGGACUUCACUGGAGCAAAAUUUUGUAUGCAUCUGUUACAGGUAGAUUCUACUUUAGUGGAAUAGGACUUAUGGAUCUGGUGGAACCAAAGACUUCCACUCUUAGCAUGGCAAUGUUAAUGAAACAAGAUAUUCAAGCAUUGGGACUUCUUCUUUUGCAACUCUCUACAUGUAAUCUGAAUGCACGUCCUGAAGAUAUUACGAACCAACCAGCAUCUGGAUUUUCAGAGAGUUUCUGGACGCUUGUGAAGGCAUGUUUAGAUGGCGGCACAGAUGUGGCUAGUUUGUGCCGUGCCUUGGGAGAGCGUAUGUCCAUGGAGGUGGCUCACCAAGAGGGUUAUGCAGAUUACUUGAUGUCUCAAUGCGCAAAGGAAGCACAUAAUGGACGUCUUAUGCGAUUGAUGGUGAAACUUAACUUUGUAUUAGAGUCUUUACAUGAAGUUCCUGACAACAACACAGAGGCACACAAUCGUUACGCUCUGCGACUCUUUAGUCAGUAUGUUUUCAACCAGGUAGAUGAACAACAUCGCACACGUUUAGAUUGGGGUCAUGUGUUCCACUGCCUAAACAAACUUGAUUGUGGUUCUGAAGAGCUGGUGCAGCUUAUUAGUAAUGAAGACGGAAAUACCAUCUUAGUGAUCUCUUACCGUGAUCUCAGGUCAAGCCUCGAAAGUGCUUUUGAGCAGUUGCAGCUGCAGGUAACAACGAGUGACACAGAUAUUCAACCCUUUUCAGUGACUGUUGGGGCUGCGUCAGGGACUCUAUAG